CAGCGAGCUGCGCAUGCGCACUAGGUGCGCAGAAACCACUUCAAUGAACACAAAGAAAAAUAUAUUUUCGGAAAAAGAAGUAAAUAGUUCCUAUCCAAUGUGUAGCAUACUCUAUUAUUAUUAUUAUUAUUGUACCCCUAAUUAGAAUAUUCUUGUAGGGAUUGGUGAGUUUUUUUCUUGAGAUAAGUUCUUGCAUGCCUUUUCACGUGAAAGAGACUUUAUAAAGAGUUCAGUCUUAGAAACCUCUGGCACUUUUAGAAGCGAAAAUAAACGUAGAGGAAUUAUCUGUAGUGUCCGACAAUUAUAGUAGCCAUUAAAAAAUGGCAGCAUACACAUUACCGGAGGGAUUCUCCGAUUUUGACAUGUUUGCAUUCGGUUCAGCUCUUCUUGUUGGGGGUCUUCUUGGAUUCCUCCUCAACGCCAUUUCAAUAUUGGCCUAUAUUAGCGUAAAGCAAAUGCGAACUCCCAGUAAUUUUCUUGUGUUUAACCUUGCUGUGGCUGACAUUAUGCUCAAUAUAACCGGCCUGAUCGCUGCUUACGCCAGCUUAUUUUAUAGUCACUGGCCCUGGGGCCAAGACGGAUGUAGCAACCACGCCUUCAUGGGGAUGACAGCAGUUCUGGCCUCUAUCAGCUUCCUGGCUACCAUCGCCUGGGACAGAUAUCACCAAUAUGUCACCAAUCAGAAGCUGUUUUGGAGCACGGCCUGGACUAUUUCUAUCGUUACCUGGGGUUUGGCUAUCUUCUGGGCCGCCGUCCCUCUGAUUGGUUGGGGAGUUUAUGACUUUGAGCCCAUGAGGACCUGCUGCACUCUAGACUACACCAAAGGAGACAAGGACUACAUUACCUAUAUGGGGGCCCUGACUGUCUUCUACCUUAUCCUCCCUGCUUAUGUCAUGAAGUCCAACUACGACGCCAUUCACGCAUACUUCAAGAAGAUCCACAAGCACAGGUGGAACACCAGUUUACCACUGAUGGUUCUGUUGUUCUGCUGGGGACCCUACGAAAUCAUGUGUAUCUACGCCUGCUUUGGCAACGCCAGACUGGUCUCACCAAAGCUGAGAAUGUUGCUUCCUGUUUUGGCGAAAACGAACCCUAUUUUCAACGCGUGGCUCUAUUCCUUUGGGAACGAGUUCUACAGAGGAGGGGUGUGGCAGUUCCUGACUGGCCAGAAGUUUACUGAGCCGGUCGUUGUGAAGUUAAAAGGAAGAUAAAGGAAGUUUUCCAUUCUGACAUUCUAAUUCUAUGGUUACACUACUGUACAGGCCAUGGAAUUAGAAUGUUCCAUUCUGACAUUCUAAUUCUAUGGUUACACUACUGUACAGGCCAUGGAAUUAGAAUGUUCCAUUCUGACAUUCUAAUUCUAUGGUUACACUACUGUACAGGCCAUGGAAUUAGAAUGUUCCAUUCUGACAUUCUAAUUCUAUGGUUACACUACUGUACAGGCCAUGGAAUUAGAAUGUUCCAUUCUCACAUUCUAAUUCUAUGGUUACACUACUGUACAGGCCAUGGAAUUAGAAAGUUCCAUUCUCACAUUCUAAUUCUAUGGUACAGGCUAUAUCCAAACAACAUCAUCAUCAUGGACUCUCAUUGCAGUAGGUUUCACAUUGGAAGAAUGGUAUUUGUACAAGGUGGUGAACUUAAUGUUAAUUGUUUAUUUAGCUGGCUUGGGAAACCAUGGGUCCAAUGUAGCUUGUCAAUAGCGGUAUGGUGGCUGACUCUUCAUUCAAAUAGACUUUGGGGAGAAGCACCUGUGAUUAGAUUGAAUGAUGUCUCAUGAUUGACUAGACAAAGGAUACUCAGUGACCUACGUUGUAAUACAAAUACCACAGUGCUCUUAAUGCCAUGUUCAUGCUGAGUGAUUUGAAGGUAAUACAACCAGAGAUCAACUUAAAAGUGGACCAAACUUAAGGUUCAGGUCAUGUUAAUGUAAUACCGUUUUUUAUUUUUUAUAGCCAAUAGCUAUACUUCUAGAAGUCUCCCUGAUGUAUCCCUCCAGCACUGUAAUAAACACAGCAAGGUAUUCUGCCAUGCAGCCGCUCUUCAA